UCAAGCUCAAAAGUAAAACAAAAAUUACCAAAAGGUUUGCCGCUCUAUGUCUUGGAUAAUGGAAUGUGGUCUGUUGCUAAAGAGUAUGUAAAUCUUAUCGGAUUAAAAAAGCUUUGAGAGGUUUGUCGGUUGUGGCAAAAACAAACAGAAGAACCGAUGAUUUUCGUUUGUCCAGCCUGGAUAUCUUAAGCUUUUCUAAGAGUCGACACCCCGAGUUAUGGAAUUUUCGCUCCUUUUUUGGAAGAAUUUUUAAGUCCGACGAAGUUACAGGACCUGGACAUUUGAAUAUUUUUUGUAAAUUAUAAUUUUGUAUUGUUAUUUAGACAAGAAUACGUCGUUGGAGAAAUAGUACUUGCGGGGAUGAGGUCUAAAAAACUUCAAGAACAUAUAUGGCAAAUGGGAAAAGUAAUCGAAGUUUUGGAUAAUGGAAAUUAUAUCGUUGAAAUUGCAAGUAUAUAUAAAACAACACAAAAUAUUUUAAAUUCAAAAAAUAUUAAAAAGAUUUUCCAAAUUGGCGAAUUUGUUAGUGCAGAAAAAACAGAUAGGAAUGUAGCAAUAGAACUAGCAGAAAUAAUCGGAAUUAAAUUUAAAGAUUUUGAAUUGACAAUAAAAAGAAAUCCAAAAUUUGGGAAAAUUGUUUAUAGACAUAGAAAUGAGUUAAGUAAAAUUGAAAUUGCUUCAUUUAAAGUUGGUGAAAUUGUGGAAGUUUGGAAUUAUAAAAAGUUGUGGGUAAAGGGUGUGGUUAGGGGAAUUGUUGAGGGAAAUGAAAUUAUUGGAAGGGAAACAGAAAAUAAUUAUUUAGUGGAGGUAGAUGGACAAUCUAAACUUUUAAAAGUACAUCCUGUAGAUAUCCGAAAAUUCUUUCAAGUUGGGGAAGUAGUUAGUGUUAAAUUGGACAACCAAAAAUCUGUUCAAGCAACUGUAGAAAAUGGAAUAAAUAAACAUAAUAUGUACAGAAUGUCCGUGAAGAGUGUUGAUGGGGAUUAUAUGUUUAUUGAAAGUUAUCCUGAUGAAAUUGAACAUAUUUUUUAA